AGGCGGCCCCUGGCACCCAGGGGGAGGGGACGGGCUGGCAAGUGGGGGCCUAGGCCUUGGGAGGCAGGGACCACAAGCAGGGCCAGCAGAGGAGAGGUACAGAAGCAAGAGUGCCCGAGUUGGCUGGCAGCUCCAAGUAGAACCAGAGGACGUUCUCCACUCAAGGAGAUUGAGCUAUCACUCACUUGCUGCACAAGAUGAUAUUCCUCACAGCACUGCCCCUGUUUUGGAUUAUGAUUUCAGCCUCUCGAGGGGGUCACUGGGGGGCCUGGAUGCCCUCGUCCAUCUCAGCCUUUGAAGGUACCUGUGUGUCCAUCCCCUGCCGCUUUGACUUCCCUGAUGAGCUGCGGCCGGCUGUUGUGCACGGCGUGUGGUACUUCAACAGCCCCUACCCCAAGAACUACCCGCCAGUGGUCUUCAAGUCACGCACCCAAGUCGUCCACGAGAGCUUCCAGGGCCGCAGCCGCCUCCUGGGGGACUUGGGCCUGCGCAACUGCACCCUCCUGCUCAACAACGUCAGCCCCGAGCUGGGCGGCAAGUACUACUUCCGCGGGGACCUGGGCGGCUACAACCAGUACACCUUCUCAGAGCACAGCGUCCUGGACGUCAUCAACACCCCCAACAUCGUGGUGCCCCCGGAGGUGGUGGCGGGCACGGAAGUGGAGGUCAGCUGCAUGGUGCCGGACAACUGUCCGGAGCUGCGCCCGGAGCUGAGCUGGCUGGGCCAUGAAGGGCUAGGGGAGCCAGCUGUGCUGGGUCGGCUGCGCGAAGACGAGGGCACCUGGGUGCAGGUGUCCCUGCUGCACUUUGUGCCCACCAGCGAGGCCAACGGCCACAGGCUGGGCUGCCAGGCGUCCUUCCCCAACACCAGUCUGCAGUUCGAGGGCUUUGCCAGCCUGGACGUCAAGUACCCCCCGGUGAUCGUGGAGAUGAACUCUUCAGUGGAGGCCAUCGAGGGCUCCCACGUCAGCCUCCUCUGUGGGGCUGACAGCAACCCCCUGCCGCUGCUGACCUGGAUGCGUGAUGGGACCGUGAUGCGGGAGGCAGUGGCCGAGAGCCUGCUGUUGGAGUUGGAGGAGGUGACCCCUGAGGAGGACGGCGUCUAUGCCUGCCUGGCAGAGAACGCCUAUGGCCAGGACAACCGCACCGUGGAGCUCAGUGUCAUGUAUGCUCCCUGGAAGCCGACAGUCAACGGGACAAUGGUGGCCGUGGAGGGGGAGACAGUCUUCAUCUCAUGCUCUACACAGAGCAAGCCGGACCCCAUUCUCACCAUCUUCAAGGAGAAGCAGAUCCUGGCCACGGUCAUCUAUGAGAGUGAACUGCAGCUGGAGCUGCCGGCAGUCAAGCCCGAGGAUGAUGGAGAGUACUGGUGUGUGGCUGAGAAUCAGUAUGGCCAGAGGGCCACUGCCUUCAAUCUGUCUGUGGAAUUUGCCCCUGUGAUCCUCCUGGAGUCACACUGUGCAGCCGCCCGGGACACAGUGCAGUGCCUGUGUGUGGUGAAGUCCAACCCAGAGCCAUCCGUGGCCUUUGAGCUGCCCUCACGCAAUGUGACAGUGAAUGAGACGGAGAGGGAGUUCGUGUACUCAGAACGCAGUGGCCUCCUGCUCACCAGCAUCCUCACGCUGCGGGGGCAGGCCCAGGCCCCGCCCCGGGUCAUCUGCACCUCCAGGAACCUCUACGGCACCAAGAGCCUGGAGCUGCCCUUCCAGGGAGCCCACCGACUGAUGUGGGCCAAGAUUGGGCCAGUGGGAGCCGUGGUUGCCUUUGCCAUCCUAAUUGCCAUCAUCUGCUAUAUUACCCAGACACGCAGGAAAAAGAAUGUGACAGAGAGCCCGAGCUUCUCGGCAGGGGACAACCCUCCCGUCCUGUUCAGCAGUGACUUCCGCAUAUCUGGGGCACCUGAGAAGUAUGAGUCCAGAGUGGUCUCUACCCUGGAAACCCACUGAGCGCCCCCGGAGAGCGAGAGGCGCCUGGGAUCAGAGAGGAGACUGCUGGGGCUUCGUGGGGAGCCCCCGGAGCUGGACCUGAGCUAUUCCCACUCGGACCUGGGAAAACGACCUACCAAGGACAGCUACACUCUGACUGAGGAGCUAGCUGAGUAUGCUGAAAUCCGUGUCAAGUGAGGGAGCUGGGGGCAGCCCGCGUGGGCACCCCCCCUCAGGACCCUCGCUGGCCCUCACUGGCUGUGGGCUCACUUCUUCCCUAAAGUAGUGGGGGGGGGAGCUAGGGUAGGAAGGGUAUGGGGCAGGUGACAGUGACAUCCGGGGGCCUGGCCUCCCCUCCUCCCCAGCUGCCCUCCCUGCCCGCACCUACACCCCACAUUUCAGCUCCCCUCUAACCUCCUUUAACCUCAUCUGUCUGGAGGGGAGCUCUGUCUGUCCGUGUUAUUUAUUGCUACCCCCUGCCUGGUCAUCUGCCCCUACACCUGGCCCCAGGGCCUUUACAAAAGGGACAUGAAAUAAAUGCCCCGAAGCCAA